CCCGAGCCUCCUGCAUCAUCAAGAUCAAGAUCAACCAAGAAUUUUUCAUUGAAGUGAUAAUGAAUUCCAUCUUAACAGUAUUAAAGGGAACUCAUUUUAGCUGUCACCAUUUGGUGACUAUGAGAGGUGGAUUUCUGAAAAGUGCAUACUCCAGAGUGUCAAUACUGGGAAGUAGCAGAAGUUCUGUUCCUGAAAUGAUAUCAAGAGGUUUUGCAGAUGGAGAUAGUGAAACAAAAUGUGCUCAGAAUGUCAACAUAAUUGAGCUGAAUGAAAGUCAUCACACAUCCUGUCCCUUGAAUGUGGACACAACUCUGAUGAUUAGUGUGAUGGCAGACUAUUACAACACUGAGGAGCUAAUUUCACAAGUAGGAAAGGCCUGCACUGUGGGGAUCCUUCGAACGAAGAAUACAAGAACAAGAACAAGAAAGCAGAGACAUGAUUAAAGCAGCAACAAGCAUACAUCCACAUACAGUGAACACUUGAAGAAAGUCGUGCACAAGUCCAACCAGUAGCACCCCUCGCCUGCUGUGUCUGUAUCCUCUCCAGCAUCAUACACCUCAAAUAUUGAUAAUUCAGUAAUUUCACUAGAUGAUUUUGGCAUUUAAUUGAAAAAAAAUACAAUACAAAAAUUUCCUACAGUGAAAUACUUUUUAUUCGUACAGUAGUUAAAAUACCAUAUAAUUUAGUUUAUUCAAAAUAAAAAGGAAUAUUAAAAUAAA